AUGCGCGUGGAAAUCCAUAACCCAAAUGAGAGGCCCUCCACCAGGCCAGCCGCCGCAUUGACUCUCAAAGAAUUCAACAGCAAAACCUUGGACCCCCCCGUCCCAGUCUACCUCCCCUGGAACCUCACAGCCCAAGAAUUCGCACAGAUCCUCGACAGCCCCAGCGACAAACCAGCUUUCAAGUUCCCUGCACUGCGGAACUGGCUGCUGGGACUCCUUGGAACUCUGGAUGCACAGAAAAAUGAAUCGCAUCCGUUCCAUAGGCAGCCGUAUCGCUUGGAAGAGCUUACAAUCGAGUCUGUAGACUGGUUCGACAAGAAGAAUUACACGCGACUUGGAUACAUGAAGAUUCAAUCUGAGAUUAGGAAUGGGUCUGGUGACGGCGAUUGGAUACCUGGAUCUGCGUUCUUGCGAGGUGGAAGUGUGGCUAUUCUGGCCAUCGUACAACCAACAGACGCCUCAGGGGAAGCCGAGAAACACGUCAUCUUAACUGUCCAGCCCCGCCUGGCAGUUUCUAGCCUGGCAUUCACCGAGAUCCCAGCAGGCAUGCUAGAUGACUCGGGCUCCUUUACCGGAACAGCAGCACAGGAGCUGAAAGAAGAGGCGCACCUCCAUGUCAAGAUAGAAGAGUUGUUGGACCUGUCUGAACUUGCUUUGGAACAAGGACAAGCCGAAUCCUUGGCCCCAACCGAUCAGCUACGAACAGCAAUGUAUCCCAGCCCUGGUGGAUGCGACGAGUUUAUGAAACUCUACUUAUACCAGAAGCGUUUGUCACGUGCACACAUGGAGUGGCUCAAGGACAGGGCGACUGGACUGGAGAAUGAAGGUGAGAGGAUAAGGCUGAAAUUGGUUCCUCUAGAGAACUUUUGGAGAGAGGCUGCGCGCGAUGGUAAAGCGCUUUCUGCGUUGGCGCUGUAUGAGAAUCUUCAGCGGCGGGGCAAGAUUCCGGAUAUGCCAAAGGAGCCGGCGGAGGAGCCUAAGAUAUAA